AUGCCAACGAUCUAUUUGGUAGCUUUUUUGUCGGGCUUUGCUAUCAAUAUGGUAUCGGUACGUCGGGAAAGCUUUGGAAAUUAUCGUGAAGCGGCUGAGAAAGGAGUCCUACCGCACAAUUCUAUUAUGCGACUUAAAGUGAUUCAUCCACUGGACAAGCGGCAGUUGCUUGGCGUUACCUUGAAGAAAAAUGUAAAAAAAGAUCCUGAAAAAGCGAAUUCAAGCGCAGUUGAAAACGGAAGCACCUUUUAUAAAACUCGAUUAGCAGUUUGCUAUUAUAAGGCUAUCGGUACAUAUUUAGGAGAAAAAGUUUUUUAUUGGUAUAAUAUAGCAGCAAACGAAGGAGAUAAAAUCGCACAGAGAGGAUUGGCGAUAUGUUAUUCAGAAGGGAUUGGUGUGGAAAAGGAUGUGAAACAUGCGCUUACAUGGCUUACAAAGCCUGCGAAUCAAGGAGACGGCUUUGCAUCCGCUCAAAUCGGAUGGUCAUAUUUAAAAGGUAUCGGAAUUGUAAUUGAUGCACGGAACGCCGUUUAUUGGUUUCUGAAAAGUACCGAGAAUUCAAUGUUUCGUAUUGGAGAUGGUUUUCGUACUGGUGCAGGAGUAGUGAAGGAUAUUUUUGAUUGUGAAGCAGUUGCAGGGACUUUUGGUCCAGAGUCCUGCAGUUGUGGACGAAUAGUGGCGGUUAUUCCUCCAGAAUUUCCUCCAUAUCUUCGAAAAGUAUCGGCAAUUGCUGAAGCUCCGAGCCGGAACCCAGACUGUGCAACGCAAAUUGUGUUGUUUGAUAUAAUCUCAAUGGUAGAAAUGCUUGCAUGUCAGUGUUGUGACGGACUUCGUGAAUUGUGGAAAAAUCUUGUGCUUGCAAAUGUUGCAUAA